AUGGGGUCUAUCUCUGUUCCUCAUCAUUUUGUUCAAGCAAGGAAUAUCACUUCCAAGGAUAAAAUGGCGAAAUGGGAGAAGAAGUGGAGACCUAGGACUCCAAUCACAUCUAAAGUCAAGAAAGUCAAGAUCAAGUUUUACUCGUCAUACAAAGACAGGUUUAGACCACUGAAUGACGGUACCAUUCGUCGUUGGAAAGAAGGCAAGCGCCACAACGCCCACUUGAAGUCAAAGAAAUCAAAGCGUAGAUUGAGACAGCCUGGACUAGUGCCACCAGCAUAUGCAAAAGUCAUGAAGAAACUCAAUUUCUGCAAUUGA